CAUCCACAUCCAAACUGAACUGUGCUGUUCCUCCUCUGGCAUCCAAGAGAAUACUGAGCAGCUCUCCACUCAUCCUGACUGACUAGUGUAGUGCUAUCCUGUGGAUUCUCUGACGAACACAUCCAGAUACACAUUGUGACAAUGAAGGCUGCAAUUGUUUUCGCCCUGCUCUUUGCAACGGUCCUCUGUCGCCCGGUGAAACGCUCAUCCAGCAGCAGUUCAGAGAGCUCAGAGGAAGUGGUUAAACCAGCACCGGUGCUUCGGAAAGCCCUAGUAGAUCUCACCCAGGCUGCAUCUGUACAGAAUGUGGGUGCUGGUACAGCAUCAGAUGAGAGCUCCGACGAAGAUGAAACAGAAGGAGCUGAUCCUACAUCAGACCCAACAGUGGACAGCACAUCAUCGACAGACAGUGCAGACAGUGACGAAAGCAAGGACAGCACAGGCAGCACAGACAGUGAUGACACAGAGGAGUCAGAGUCCGGGGAAGCAGACACCACCGCUGCCCCUCCCACCGCGGAGCCCACUGUUGAGCCCACCCUGGCUCCCACCGAGGCCCCCAUCUACGACGACGGACGCGGGGACAGCAUGGGCUACCCCGGUGACUACAAGAAGUCUAUCUAUGUAGAUACCAACAACAUCGAGAAGGGACCCUCCCCAUACAAAUAUUAUGGAAAGAUGGACGAGGGCAUGUAUGCUGGCAAGAAGGUGUCCGUCUAUGACACCGGGCUCGGAAACGAGAUUGAGAAGACGCUGACCGUGUUCAAGGCCCUGCAGGUGCAUGAUUUGAUGGAAGAGGACACCAGCACCCCCGAGGUGGAGAGCCAGGGUUUGGAUGUCUCCAGCGGGACAGCCGAGGAGCCCAGCCUGCGCCAAGCGCACGUCGAUGAAGCCAGCCAGGACAACGGUCCCUCUGAAAGCCCCGAGAGCCAAGGAGCUGAGAGCCUGGAGGAGGAAGAGGCAGAUAGUGCCAGCGCUAGCGCCAGUGAUGUGACUAGUGAGAGCACCAGUAGCGCUAGCAGCGACGGCACCAGCGAGAGCACUAGCGCCAGUGAUGAGACUGACAGCAGCAACAGCAGUGAGGAGGCUACAGCCACGCCCGGGGCGGCAGACAGCGACGAGAGCCAGGAGAGUGACAGCAACUCGGCUGAGGAGGCGGCCACAGAGGCUACCAUAGAUACCGACGCUCCCGUUGUCAUAGUUGCCUAGUAAAGGCCUGUCUCUCUCAUCCUGCUGCUGUCGACAGUGAAGAAUGCUACCAGGACCAGGACGGUGCUCUAUGACCUUACAUUAGGAGGUCAGAACAGAGAGAAUAACAAACAGACGGCCCUUAAGGUCUAAUACAGUACGUCAAUAAUUCCUGAUAAGAGCAAUACUAGCCAACACAUCAGGACAUACAGAACAGUCCAUUUUUUCAAUUGCACAAUUAUUUACACUACAUGUUGUUUGUCCCAUUUUUACUGUAUGUAUAAUGUAUCGUUUCUAAAUAAUUUCCUUUUUUUCAUAAAACGCAUGGUGGGUCUGUUAUUUCACAUUUGUAUACUUUGUUGUAUCUACUGAGCCAUUGAUCUCUGUGUAUAGUACUAUGCAGAGACUCAUACAUUACGAGCUAAAUUACAGACUCAGCAUUCACAGUUGUGUUCACCAGAGAAAGAGACUAGACACACAGUAUUCUUUAUGAUAUGAGGGCUCUCCUAAACCACACUCCAUCACACACCAUCAUUCAGUUCAUUCUGAGCUGAAAUAUGAACAAAAGGCCCUGUCAUGGUCAACGUCUCAUUCCUUACCCGAAUGUCUCAUCUGAUGAGCUGUUGUCUCAGUCAGGAGGAAGACAGAGUUCAUAAGAAGCUAUGAACUCUUAGCAGUGUAGCACAGCAGAUAACCACACGAGAGUGGAAUGGAUAACACCACCGUCAAAUCAAAUCACAUCAAAUUCGAUUUGUCACAUACACAUAGUUAGCAGAUGUUAAUGCGAGUGUAGCGAAAUCCUUGUGCUUCUAGUUCCGACGAUGCAGUAAUAUCUAACAAGUAAUCUAACCUAACAAUUUCACAACAAUUACCUUAUACACACACAAGUGUAAAGGAAUGAAUAAGAAUAUGUACAUAAAAUAUAUGAAUGAGCGAUGGCCGAACGGCAUAGGCAAGAUGCAGUAGAUGGUAUAGAGUACAGUAUAUACAUAUGAGAUGAGUAAUGUAGGGUAUGUAAAC